GUACGUCAUUGCGCGCUCGACAUCGCAUACCAAGGCAUAAAAACGAAAAGCAGGCACUCCCGGCAUUUGUUGGAAGCAAAUCUCACCAGCUUCUUUUUGUGUGCGCAUCUUUCUUCGCGUUUUCUUUUGAUUUACUUGGUGCCAUUUUCGUGUUUCAGCUCGCGUGUAUAGACUGGUGCACUUCCACGCCCCCACGCACACCCACACACCUACACCAAGACAUCUGCUGUGUCGAGACACUUUCCAUAUACUUAGUAUAUUUGUAACGUGAUUUCCUCCCUGUUUCCGAUUUGUGAUCUGACCUGCGUGUCAUUGGAGCAUCGAGUGCUAUACCAGUACUAGCCAGAACAGCCGCGCAUUAGAGAGACAGCCGCAACAAUGACGCAAGUACCCGGUGCGACAAUCAAGCUCUCCGAGAUGCCGAAGGAGAUGGAGAACUAUGCGAUCUUCUGCGCCCAGGAGGGACUGACAAAGCUGAACAACGAACAAGAAUUAGCCGGAUUCGUUCGGAAGGAAUUUGAGGCAAAGUUCGGCCCUACGUGGAACUGCUUUGUCGGCCGCAAUUUUGGUAGCUUUGUCACCCACGAAGAGGGAAACUACAUUUACUUCUACGUCGGCCAGACCGGCAUUCUCUUGUUCAAAUCGUCCUAA